CACAGACAGCCGAGCAGCCACAGUUCCAGAGAGCGGAGUCACGACCAUCCUCAACCCGGCGUUUCUGCUCUUAUUUCCCGCGACCGCUGACCUGACAGCACCCCCUCGCGCGCGUCCCCUUCACGGUCGCGUUCUCCCACGCAGUUGACACGCACCCAAACGCAUCUCCGACCGACUCGAACCCCGCAACAGUGAGCCGAGACUGAGUGGACUUUUUCGUGCGCGCUUGCCUCACCUCCACCGCGCAAGCGCGUCUGUCCUCUCGGUCCCUGAACGUUACAUUCCGUCAGAGGUUCCCGUGAGAGGAGAUUAUCUUCCCGCAGACUCCCGCAUCUCUCUCUCGCUGUCUGUCGCUGACUCAUCGGGACCAUGGCGGAGUACAGCUCUCUGCUCAGCGACCUGUCUGAAAACAUCACCAACGAGGACCUGGAGCAGCUAAAGUCGGCCUGCAAGGAGGACAUCCCCGAGGACCAGAGCAACGAGAUCACCUCCUCCAAGGAGUGGUUCGGCUACCUGGAGAAGAACGACAAGCUGGCCCAAGACAACCUGUCGUACAUCGAGCACAUCUUCGAGAUCUCGCGGCGACCGGACCUGCUGACGAGGGUGAUCGAGUAUCGCACCACCGUGCUCAAGAUCUCCGAGGACGACGAGAUCGAAACCAAGCUCACGCGCAUCCCCUCGGCCAAGAAAUACAAAGACAUCAUCCGCCAGCCCUCUGAAGAUGAGAUCAUCAAGUUGGCCCCGCCCCCUAAAAAGGUGUGAGGUCGCGACCCGCAACCCCGAUCUUUUGCACCUUGAGUUCUUCACUCCCGACCGUUUCCUGACCGACCCCAUCGCAACCCCACCUCACACACACACACACACACACACACACACACAUCAAGCCACGCCCCCUUCUUGCACUAACACAAGCCAUGACUGACCAACCAAUCGGAUUGUAGCGACGCAGCAUCUUCCCAAGCUGAGGGGAGGUGCGGAAGAAGUGAGACAUUAGAAGAAGAAACCUGGAGACGGAGCGACAGCGUACGUGUGUGAGGGGGAGAGAGGGAGAGAGAGAGAGAGAGAGAGAGGGAGAGAGAGAGAAAUAGAUCAGAAUGAGUGUAACCUGUAAAGACUGUUCGAUCUGUGAUGCUGUGCUUAUGCAACUGUGUGUGUGUGUGUGUGUCAGUGAAGUUAAUUAUAGUUAUGGACCAUGACGACAUCACUAAUAAUUUGAAACGACAAAACCCCGCCUUAAAAAAAUAAAAAAGUUAGCAGCGAAUCAAAAUGUCAACAUUUCAGAAAAACAUUUCAUAAACUGGUAACCAUAGCAACAGUAGGCCGGAUGCAUUGUUUUGCAGAUGUAACAAAUGCCGGAUAAUUCAGCAGAAGUCAAUUUAAAUAUGUGGAAGAGUUGACAGGAUAUUAAAUGAAAAUAAAAUGUAAUAGUUUAUAUUCUCAGAAACAUUUGUUGAAACAUGACGUGAAAGUGAUGUCACGUGACUUCAGGGUCCUUGUUCCCGCGUGCAGCUCCUCUAACACAGCAGGUGUGUUUUUAAUGUGAAAGACUUUAAUAUUCACGUCUGUCUUUUGUCUCGAGGAAGAAAGAACUUCACAAAAAGGUCAAAAUAUUCCCUUAAAGUCAAAACUUCAAUAAGUCCAGUCGGCCUCUUUGAGCCACAGCUGUUCUUAAACUCAACUUUAAGUCCGACUUAAAGAACGUCCUGCUCACUGUUCCUCAGCUAGAGGCUCUGUUUGCAUUCCCUUUACUUAGAUAAUUAUGUCGUCAUUCAAGAGCGAGAAAAAGAAGAAAAAAAGUCUAAUAUUUUAGAAGAAGAAGAUAUUUAAAGUCGAUUUUCAUAGGAAAAGCCAAUAUUUGCCUUUAGCUUAUAAUCAUAGAGUUAUUCAGAGGACAUUUUAAGAUGAGGAAAGUGAAGUAAAUAUUUCUAUACUAUGAAGUUCCCCUGAAGGUCUGUCGUAUGAGCCGGCUAGAGGUGUAAAUAUACAAAUAAUAUAUUAGAAAGUAGAGCAGAAAUAAUAUAUAUUGACCUGCAGCGUGUGUGUGUUCCAUAAAGGACCACUAAGUGUUACUUUAACGCCCCUAAUUUUAAUCUGAAAUUAAACUAUUCGUCUAAACUUAGAUGGAAGAACAAACAUUAAAUCGAUAUAUUUUGAGUAAACUUUUUAACUUUCUUUCAUGUCGCCAUUUUAUUUUGUAACGCGGAAAAAAUAUAACGGACCGGCGUGUGAAUCCUGGAUGAAUGAGAAUCAAAUUUACGUAAAAUUACCUUUAAAUUUUUUUUAUAUGAAGCAGCCAUAAGGCUCAUAAGCAGCUGACUAUGCCAUUCCCUCCAUGCACCAACAGAAUAACUAGACUGUUAAAACGUUAAUAAACUAUAAUAACUGCU